AUGGGCAGUCCAGAAGGAGAAAACCACACAAAAGAAGGCGGUGGGGACAAGUUGGUCAGGUAUAUGAAGAAAUGCGUGCCAACGAAACAAGGUAUUGGCAAAUUCUUCGCUUACACUCGCCUUCUCUUUUCGCUGGACUACACCAAGACCGAUGUCCUCCUUAUUCUCGCCGGCUUCUUCUUUUCCAUUGCUGCCGGAAUUCCCUUUCCACUCUUGGGAAUUGUCUUCGGCGAAUUGAUCAAUGAUCUCAACACGGCUACUUGCUCGCCAUACGAUAACGUUGAUGCCAAUGUAGCAGAUGGUGUUCAGAAGAAAGUGUUAUACGUGAUUUACAUCACAAUUGCCAACUUCUGCUUCAUUUAUAUCCAUUGCAGUUGCUGGAGCUACAUAAGCGAGCGUAUCGCAAGGAGAUUUCGUCGACGCUAUUUCGAAAGCAUCAUCAGACAAGAAACGGGCUAUAUCGAGGGGCUUCCGGCAGGGGACGUCAUAUCCCGACUGGUCAGCGAUAUCGAGGUGGUACAGUCAGGAACUUCGGAGAAGGUGGGACUUGUUGUUUCCACAAUCUCGUACUUCGUCACAUCGUACAUAGUGGCCUUCAUCAAAGUACCCCAGAUUGCUGGAAUGUUGGUCUCCGUUGUGCCGUGCUAUUUCCUCAUGACAUAUGUCGGUGGAUACUACAUCAAAAAGUAUGCGGGUCGCAUCACAGAGCACGUCAAUAUUGCCACGUCCAUUGCUUCAUCCAGCCUGUCACAUUUGACCCUUGUGCAUGCUUUCAACUCCCACGAGCGACUGGAGAGGCUGUAUUCCGAUCAUCUCGCCGGAUCAAGAAUGGACGCGCUUAAAAAAGCAGGAACUCAUGCGGCUCAGCUCGGUGUGCUCUAUUUCAUUGCAUACAGCUCCAAUGCCUUAGCCUUCUGGGAAGGCUCCCGCUUGAUCGCAGACUCCGUCGAAGCGGGUGGCUCUGGAACAUCCGUCGGUGCAGUUUAUACAGUCAUAUUUGUUCUCAUUGAUGCGUCUUUCAUUCUCAGUCAAGUCGCCCCAUUUGUUCAUGUCUUUGCGGCUGCCGCCGGAGCAUCUGAUAGGCUUCUGACCGUCAUCAAUCGCGAGUCACUGAUUGACGGAACAUCCGAUUCUGGGGAUAAAAAAGCACCGUUUGAUUCAGAGGAUAUUACUUUCCAAAACGUCAAUUUUACUUAUCCAUCUCGUCCGGAGGUUCCUGUUUUACAGGGUGUCAAUUUCGUCAUUCCUCCUCGGAAGCAUACCGCAAUAGUUGGCCCUUCUGGUGGAGGGAAAUCAACCAUCGUUGCCCUGCUCGAACGUUUCUACGACCCCGCAUCUGGAGAAAUUUGCAUCGGAACGCAGAACUUUCGUGACCUGAAUGUGCGUUAUCUGAGAGGAAACAUUGGCUUCGUGCAACAAGAGCCUUGUUUACUUGACCGGUCAAUCCUGGAAAAUAUCGCAUAUGGCCUGGUCACCUCUGCCUCGGAACCCCAUGCCGCUCUUGCUCCAUUUAUCAUGAAUUCCAGCCUAGCGGAACUGGCGGAAAUGAUGCGUACUGGCGUAUCCGAGAAAAAGGCACUCGAGAACUACGGCCCUGAAGUUACUGAGAUUGUGAGACUGGUCCGAGAAGCUGCAUCUAGCUCAAAUGCGCUCACCUUUAUCGAUGCUCUUCCGCAUGGUUUUGCGACCAGCGUGGGAUCUUCCGGUAGUCAAAUGAGUGGUGGUCAGAAGCAGCGUAUUGCGCUCGCCCGGGCCCUUGUUCGAGAUCCAGCGCUCCUGAUUCUUGAUGAAGCGACGGCGGCCCUGGAUUCGACCAGCGAACGCUUGAUCCAGGAUGCUUUAGCGAAAGUGGCAGAACGUGUGACUAUGGUUUCAAUUGCCCAUCGUCUAUCCACCGCAAAGGACGCACAUAAAAUUGUGGUCAUACAGAAGGGGGUGGUUGUUGAGGAGGGAUCUCAUGCUGACCUAGUUUCCCAUGGUGGCUCCUAUGCCGAGAUGGUUCGUCUCCAGAAUCUUGGAAAGCUAAGCCCUAAAGUGUCAGUCAAGUCGGACUUGAUCCGUGAAGCGAGAGAAGCAGAAAAUCGCGAAAACCACACUGUUGAUGCGAAAGAAGCUCUUCUUGAAGCCCGUGGAAUCGACAUCGCGGAUGAAACGAUAUUUACUGCUGCAGACGAGAAGGGGACUGAUAAAAAGAGAAAACCGCGAGAGAAAAAGGAGAAAAAGAAGCGAAAACGCUCAGGCUGGUUUACAACAAAAUUUACGUUUACCCUGCUUCGCCCCAAUUUGCAGUUUGUGCUGCUUGGCCUGGGCAUGUCCAUUGUCAUUGGAGCGAGCUAUACGGCAGAAGCUGUUAUUUUCGGCCAUACAGUCGGUAGCCUAAGCCCCUGCAUUGGAGCAGAUGGAAUUCGACACGGUGGACACCUCUUCGGACUUCUGUUUUUCAUCGUGGCACUUGUCGAGCUCUCAGCGAACGUGAUAGGAGGUUGUGCCUUUGGCUGGGCGGCUGAUAAAGUCCUAUAUCGUAUUCGCGUCUUGUCUCUGCGAUCUCUGCUGAGCCAGACCAUUCCAUGGCAUGGAAUGGAAGAUCGCACCCCAGGAACUCUCAUGACCUUUAUUACAGGGGAUGCAACUUCGCUGGGAAAUAUCACGGGAACGACUAUCGGCUUGCUGCUAGCCACAGCCGUCAACCUGGUGGCUGGCCUUGUUGUUUCGUUUAUCUUCGCGUGGAAAAUUGCCAUUGUUCUUGUCCCAACUAUUCCAGUUCUGCUGCUUGCUGGUAUGAUGAAGCUCCGAACACAGGCCAACUUUUCCGAGCGGCACCAGAAGGCGUUUGCACGGGCGACUGCAGUUACAGUGGAGGCCGUCGACAACAUUCGAGCCGUAUCGGCGUUCUCGCUAGAGAAGCAGUCCUAUGCUGCGUAUGAGCGGGCUAUGGAGGCUCCCUACCGGGAGACUCUCCGUUCUAUCGCCUUUGGAAACAUUUUUCUGGCCCUAGCCUUCAGCAUUAGCAAUCUUGUUUAUGCGUUGGCAUAUUGGUGGGGUACGAAACAGAUCACGGCUGGUGCCUACACCCAGGUGCAAUUUUUCAUCGUGCUACCUGCCCUCCUAUUCAGUACUCAGUCUUGUGGACAAAUGUUUGCCCUCGCUCCAGAUAUCUCAAAGGCGGGGUUAGCUGCCUCAAACAUCGCCGAGUUGCUCACCACUCGGUCAGCUGACGAAGAAUUAAUGUCCGAAGUGUCGGCAAAGUCCAUGGCUAACGAUGUCUAUCUUUUGGAUGAAAAGAUUCCAGACCCGGAAGCAGCACACCACGAAGAGCGAGCCCCAGGCACACCAGGUGCUCCUCCCGCAAUGACUGGCAUUGGUGCCGAACUACAAAACGUGCACUUUGAGUACCCAUCACGACCAGGACAGCCAGUACUUCAGGGCUUGAGUCUCAGGAUAAAAGCUGGCCAAUUCUGUGCGUUGGUUGGUCCGAGUGGCUCAGGCAAGUCCACAACAUUUGCAAUGCUAGAGCGGUUCUACCGACCGGAAUCGGGCGCUGUGGUCAUUGAUGGCGUGGAUGUCACGCGGCAGCUUGGCACAAGAUUUCGCGAUGAUAUCGCUCUAGUUCCACAAGAAAAUGUGCUGUUUGAAGGCACCGUCGCCUUUAACAUUGGUCUCGGCGCUCGGCCUGGCCACGAGCCCACCCAAGAUGAAAUUGAAGAGGCAUGCCGCAUGGCCAACAUCCACGAAGUUAUCGAGGCCCUACCGAAGGGCUAUCAAACACAAUGCAGUCACGACGGGAAACAAUUUUCUGGUGGACAGCGGCAACGACUUUCGAUUGCUCGCGCUCUGGUCCCGCUUUGGAUGUGGAGUCCGAAAAAAGAAAUCCAAGACGCGCUGGCUACACUCGCCGGGCAUUGUAUCUAUCUUAUUGAAGAAGGUCGCUGUGUUGAGCAGGGCACUCAUGAUGAACUUGUCCAGUGCAGUGAGACAUACAGGACGAGCGUUAUACACCAAUCUCUGGAAACCUGA